CGCACCGAGGCAAGUUGGCAAUGCCCGAAAAGAAGUCUGGCUGGAAACGGAGGUCUUCCCAGCGGGAGUUCCGGAUGGAAGGAUGGGGGCGGUGGAUUGUCACUGCCACCUCGCGGCGCCCGAGUUCCAUGGGGACAUUGAAAAUGUAUUGGAAGAAGCAAAGAAGUCUAAAGUUUUGGCCCUCGUGGUAGUUGCUGAACAUUCAGCAGACUUUGAAAAAAUUAUUCAUCUUUCUGAAAGGUACCCAGGAUUUGUCUUUCCAUGUCUGGGGAUGCAUCCAGUUCAAAGUAUUCCAACAGGACAUGAGAGAAGCGUUUCUUUAAAGGAUGUGGAUGAAGCAUUCCCACUCAUACAUCUCUAUAAGGACCGCUUGUUGGCCAUCGGAGAGGUUGGUCUGGAUUUCACUCCCAGAAUUGCCAACACUGAUGAGCAGAAGGAAGGUCAAAGACAAGUCCUGAUCAAACAGAUUCAACUGGCAAAACAGCUAGAUUUGCCUUUAAAUGUCCACUCCCGCUCAGCUGGAAGGCCAACCAUUAACCUCUUAAAGGAACAAGGUGCCGAAAGGGUGCUGCUCCACGCAUUCGAUGGCAAGCCCUCGGUGGCAAUGGAAGGGGUGAAGGCUGGAUAUUUUUUCUCCAUUCCUCCCUCCAUUAUAAGGAGUGAACAGAAGCAGAAACUUGUGAAACAGCUUCCCCUAGAAAGCAUUUGCUUAGAAACAGACUCUCCUGCUCUAGGUCCUGAGAAACAGGUGAGAAAUGAACCAAAGAAUAUCUUCAUUGCUGCAGAAUAUGUUGCUAAAAUAAAAGGAAUUUCCAUGGAAGAAGUUUUAGAUGUGACAACACAGAAUGCACAGAAGGUCUUCCCUAAACUGAACAAUUUCCUUCGGAAGUAGCUUAUAUUCUACUGCAGGGGUGGGCAGCCCACACCCAAACUGCCACAGACGUUGGGGCCAAAAACGUUGCCUCAUCCUGUUCUACUGGGACUUAAUCGAAGCCAGUUGAUAGCCCUGAGAUCUGGCUCUGAUAUACAUGUGAAUGUAACUUCACAGGCUUCAUAAUUUUAAGUUUAUGAAUGUUCUGUCUUUGUUUCUUCCAUUGUGUCUAUCAAUUGAACAGAGUUGCAAACGAUGCUAUUCCAUCAGCGUCGUUCCAUUUUUUCCUAAAUAAGAGACCUAUAAUUGUUACACUUUUUAAAUGUAGUACCUGUGAAUUAAUUCUCAUUGGGCCUAAUAAGCACUCUAAGUAACAAACCGAAAA